UUUGAGGUUAAGUUUCCAUGUUUUUCUGACUGAUGUUUAUUUACUUGUACAAAUUCCUUAAUAAUGGUGAGCAAUUCCAAGAGACCCAAAAAAGGCAAAUCUAAAAUAUCCUUCGAUGAAGAGGUUAUAUGUAAAGAAGACGCCAAAAUACUGAUGUCAAAUGCGAUUGAAUCCGACAGUAAUAAACUUGAUGAGGAACCAGUUAAACCCGAGAAAAAAGUGAAAAAAAAGCGACAAAAACCCAUUGAAGAAGCCCCGACCCUUAGCGCAAAAAAGAAAAAAGUGAAACCCACCGAAGAAGAAAUUCCAACUGCACCCACUAUUGAAAACGUAAAUACUACGACAAUCCAUAAACAGCCAGCAAAGGAAUCAAACCGUUCCCAAAAAAAGAAAAAGUAUAUGCAACUGCUCGAGCAAAAAAAACUAAAAUACGAGCUGGAAAUGCAACAGAAAUCCUUAAACUAUUUGUCCAAAUGGAAGCACAGCAGGUCAGAGUGGAAGUUUGAGAAGUUACGCCAAGUCUGGUUGCAACAGAACCUCUUCGAUCCCAGUAAAAUCCCUGGUGAAUUCUGGGGAACCACCGUUGAGUACUUUAGUGGGGCCAAGGGAAAUUCGAAACAGGUAGUGCUGGAUAAGGCCAUAGAGAUUAUCGAACAGGACAAAUCUGAGAAAGGGGAAAACAUGCUAAGUGAUACAGUUGAGGAGGUAAUCGAUGAGCAGCAUAAGUUAAAAGUGCAAAGAGCAAGGGAUAUUGUACAAAAUUUAGAAUAGUUUAUUAUAUAGCUUAAAUUAAUAAAAAUUGUUGGCAAAAUUA